AUGGACUCACUAUUAAUUGAUCUCGAAAGCGAUGCCAAAUCAAGGUCUCCUGUGGAGAGGAUACCACGGCCGCGCCGCGUCGGCCUUGCGUGCCCCAAGUAGCCAGGCUGUGAGCGUCUGGGGAGAGGCAGCCCAGCGGGAUGGAAAGCAAUAGGGACGCCAGUAAAGGCCAGUGUUUAUUCGCGCUGUCGGGCACCUUAUAGGUUAAAUCUUCAAAGCACUCCUGUGACCAAAGCCACAUAAUGUCAAUAGUUCGUUCAUCUGUCCAUGCCAAAUGGGUCGUGGGGAAGGUGAUUGGGACAGCAAUGCAAAAAACUGCUAAAGUGAGAGUGACCAGACUUGUUCUGGAUCCCUAUUUAUUAAAGUAUUUUAAUAAGCGAAAAACCUACUUUGCCCACGAUGCUCUCCAGCAGUGCACCGUUGGAGAUAUUGUGCUUCUCAAAGCUCUGCCUGUCCCGAAAACAAAGCACGUGAAGCAUGAACUGGCUGAGAUAAUUUUCAAAGUUGGACAAGUCAUAGAUCCAGUGACCGGAAAGCGCUGUGCAGGAACCACCUACCUGGAGAGUCCAGUCAGUCUGGAAACCACCCACCUAAGCAAAAACCUGGAAGAACUCGAUCUCUCUUCAACACAGUGAAGGAGGAUUGGAAAACAGAGCCAAAAGGGAAGGAUUUCUAAGUUUGCUUUAUGGAAAAAUUUUUAUAAGUUUCCUCACAAACCGUCCAGUUUCUCUUUUGGUAUUUAUGAACUAGCUAAAAGUAAAUGAAGUAAAGGCCUUGUUGUAAUUUUUC